AUGGCUCACUUACAAGCGGGCUUGUCCCCAGAAACCCUGGAGAAAGCCAAGGUGGAGUUAAAGGAGAACCCCGAAACUCUACAUCAGGACAUUCAGGAGGUGAGGGACAUGAUCAUCACCCGCCCAGACAUUGGCUUUCUUAGGACAGAAGAUGCUUUCAUCUUGCGCUUUCUCAGAGCGCGGAAAUUUAACCAUUUCGAGUCGUUUCGCCUCUUGGCCCAGUAUUUUGAAUAUCGUCAGCAAAAUCUGGAUAUGUUUAAAAACCUCAAAGCAACCGACCCGGGAAUCAAGCAAGCCCUCAAAGACGGAUUUCCGGGGGUGCUGACCAACUUGGACAGAUAUGGCAGGAAAAUACUGAUUCUCUUUGCUGCUAACUGGGACCAGAGCAGGUAAUGUCCGUCUGAUAUUUGGGAGCUGUCCUUUCAGAACUACUGUAAUGCCACUUGACAGUUUGCUUGCAGUCGACCCUCUAUAUAUUUUUCACAAAUCUGUGGCAUUGGCUUUGUUGUAGCCUAGCCUCAUGAAUUUAACCAAAACAUAAGCCCCAUCAAUUGAAUUAUUAACCCCAAGGCAAGCCCUGUCAGUGUCUCAUGGAUGUAGGCCAGGGAAUGGGCCUAGACUAGGCUGCACAUGUCAGUAACAAUGCUAUCACCUCACUAGUGAAUGAUGAAUGUAAGGAUAAGAGUGUCUGCUAAAUGACUAAAAUGUAAAUGUAAAUGUAAGUGUCGAAUCAGAUAUAAUCAAAUUACGUUUCACCACAUUAUUUUAUUGCAGAGAUUUGAGUUUGUGAUCUUUUUACUUUAGGGACCCACUCAUGUGAUCUCCAUAGUCACAAUGACAACACAUUAGUAAUUUCACACAAUAGCAGGGUGUGAAAAACACACAAAAGGCCAUCAGCACUCAUACAAGUCAAGUUGUCUCCGCAAUCUGGAUCUCUGUGUAUUACUCUCCUGAAUUAAAAGGUUAAAGAGUCACAUUCUGUAUUUACUGCCAAACAAGGGUAUGCUGGUGACAUUUCAUUUUUACAGUUAACUAUUUAACUGGGAUUACAGUACUAGAAUAGUCUCCUAAUGCUUUUGCUCACCUCUAUAGGUAUACAUUUGUGGAUAUACUGCGAUCUAUUCUGUUGUCGCUGGAGUCCAUGAUAGAAGAUCCAGAGCUACAGGUGAAUGGAUUUGUCCUAAUCAUCGACUGGAGCAACUUCACGUUUAAGCAAGCCUCCAAACUAACACCGAGUAUGCUGAGACUGGCCAUAGAAGGUUUACAGGUAAUAGUCUCAACAUUCUUCUAA